AUGGUCGUAGCCAAUAACCGCAUAUCUGGAAGCAUUCCGUACUCUUUGUGUUCUUCAACAUCCUUGAGUUUUCUAUACGUGCGUAACAACAAUUUAAGUGGACAGUUUCCUACCUCUUUGAAGAAGUGCCAAGGUUUGGAAGUCUUAGACUUGGGAAGAAAUGCAUUGAGUGGAAAAAUCCCAGAGUGGGUAGGGACUAAGUUAGGUUAUUUGGGGAUUCUGAGCCUUCGAUUCAACGAAUUCUCUGGGAGCAUUCCUCCAAGUAUAUGUCAGCUUCAAACUAUUCAGAUACUGGACCUUUCUGGCAACCAUUUAUCAGGAAGAAUUCCAAAAUGCUUCAGCAAUUUCACCACAAUGCAACUUUUGCAAGAUGGUACAAGUGUGAGCUAUGACUUCGAUGCUUACACCCCUCGUGUAGGUACGUUGUACCAUGGCAAUGCAUUUAUCCAAUGGAAAAACAAGGAGUCAGAGUACUGUAACAUUUUGUGGCUUGUGAAAACCAUCGAUCUUUCUAGCAACGAAUUAGUCGGUGACAUCCCUAAUGAUUUUAGCAGAAUGAAUGCAUUGCUGUCAUUGAACCUAUCAAGAAACAAUUUGACAGGAAAUAUCAUUGAAGGAAUUGGUUUAAUGAAGAUGUUGGAGUCUCUUGACUUGUCCGGGAAUCAUCUCUCAGGGAAGAUCCCAAUAGGGCUCGCUAACUUGACAUUUCUUAGCGUGUUGGAUUUGUCAAACAACAACUUGUCAGGGAGAAUACCAUCGAGCACUCAAUUACAAGGCUUUGAUUCCUCAACGUAUGGUGGGAAUAUUCAGCUAUGUGGCCCUCCUCUUCCAGAGUGUCCUUCAUUUGCUCCUCCAAAACCUCAUGUUGGUUAUGAAAGUACACCCAGACAAGUAGAAGCUACUAUAGAAGAUGUUCCAACGGGGUUGGCAACUCCACUUGUUCUGGAGUACUGCCGAGUCAGAGAUAAUCUCCUUCUAACGGACUACGAGAUGUACGGUCAGACCUCUACGGGAAGCUUGUUUCUGACCCUCUUUCUUGCAGGUGGGCACAGGCUGUGGUGGGAGAUGAAGAGACCAGCUCUAGACAGUAUAGGGGGUGCGGAGAAGGUCCCUAGGGUAUACAUGGGACCUCAGGAUCCAGGACCAAGCAGGUAG